AUGGCAAAGACUGUAGUAAUUCUCGGCGCCGGUUGGGCAGGACUACCACUCGCCCACAAGCUCCUCAAACACACCCUCCCCAAAGUCCCAGAUCUCAAAGUCAUCCUCGUAUCACCAAACAGCCAUUUCUUCUGGAACGUCGCCGCUACUCGAGGCAUCAUACCGGACGCCAUUCCCGAUCACCAGCUCUUUCUACCUAUCAAACCCGGCUUUGACCAAUACCCUUCUGAGAACUUCGAGUUUGUCCUUGGGAAAGCAGAUGGGAUUGAUGCGGAUUCUGAUACAGUUCAUAUUACCUCUAACAGUAAUGUCGGGCGCGAUAUCAACUACGAUGAGCUGGUUACUGCGACGGGCUCGCGAAUGGCUAGUGAUCUUCCACUGAAACCAGUUGGAACACAUGAUGAGACCAUGUCGGCUUGGAAGCAGCUCAAGAGUCAAGUCGGAGACGCAAAGUCCAUAGUUGUGGCCGGCGCAGGCGCAACUGGAACCGAAGUCGCUGGCGAGUUGGCUGCGAGAUAUGGCUCCUCCAAGGACGUUACUCUGAUAAUAAGUGGUGAGCAACCGCUGGAGGGGGCUCUUGAUUCAGUUCGUGCCUCUGCAGAGAGGGAUCUAAAAGCGCUGGGCGUCAAGCUCAUCUACAAGACGCGCGUAAACGAAGCAAAGAAAAGCCCCGAUGGCCAAGACACCGAGUUACACCUGUCGAAUGGAACCACGCUCACAAUAGAUCUAUAUCUUCCUCUCCACGGCAUCAAACUCAACACCGCCUUUGUUCCUCGCGCAUUCCUCGACUCCAGCGGCAACAUCAAACUAGACGCAAGAAUGAGAGUUGCCGGGACAAAGAACAUCUGGGGCAUCGGCGACGUGGGCAACAUUGACCCUAAGCAAUUGACCAUCACCGACAACCAGAUCAUCCACUUGGCGACAGCGCUGGACGGCGCUCUCACGGGCCAGAAGGAUAUAAAGGCGUAUGAGCCUGCGACGAAAAAGAUGAUCUUUGUGUCCUUGGGGAAGAAGUAUGCAACGGGGCAGAUUGGGGGUUGGAAGUUGUUCUCGUUCAUGGUGUCGUAUGUCAAGGGGAGGAAGUUGUUUGUUGAUACAGCUGAAGGGUAUGUGGGUGGUAAACAUUUGCGACAUGCGUCGAUGUAG